AUGGACUUGCACGAUUGGCUUCUACUUAUCUGCCAAAUUGUGUUUAACAUCCUGGUAGUUGUAUGCUGUAUCUACGAUGUGAUUCUGUUUUUGAGUGUGAUAAAACAUCGAUUCUAUUCUUCAUCGAAAAACAAGACACCGUUUGUGUAUAUCACUUUUAUGACUUUUGCUGGAGUUUUGGGAAAACUGGCAAACUUUUUUAUGAUCGAUGCGUGGCCGAUUGGGAAUUGGAUCGAUCCGGUCAAUGGGUAUGAAGCCUAUCGAAAUUCCAUCGGAAAACUCGUCACCCUAUCCGCAACAUUAUGCUAUCUAACCGAAAUUUUCAUCAACCUCCUAAUGACGAUCCAUCGAGUUUCGGUGCUCCUCAGCGCUGGAAAAGCACCCGCCUGGUUCAGCGACACCAAACUUUUUGUGUAUUGCUCAGCUUUAGUAACCGGGCUUCUUAUCAGUUUGCUGAUACCGUACUACUCUACAUGCUACGUCAAUUUCAACGCAUUGACAAGUCUACAUGAAACUGCAUGUGCUCCAAACAAGCAUCCGAUCACAAGAUUCCAAAAUCUAUACCUCAUCUGGGUUCCUGUAACCGCUGUUGCCAUUAAUACCUUGAUGAUUUUGUAUAUGAAAUUUGCAAGAAAAUGCCUGAAAAAGAAAUCAGCAGCAGCAGCCACAUUAUCAGCAGCAAUUGUGGAAAGAGAAAAUUCAAUGAUCAGACAGGCAUUUUUUGUGGCAGUCUACCUAUCGGUUUUUGAAUUUGGAUACUUGUUGAUGAGAUUUUUUCCGGAUGUAUUUAGCGGAUUGCCCCAGGAAGUGCAAUCUAUUACCUUUCUGCUCCGUCUUUUUGCCAUUUGUUCUUUGAACUUUUUUGUGUUUUUCACACAAACUAAAUCGACAAAGAUACUGGUACUAAAAUACAUUGGAUGGAAAACAAAUGAAGUGACUAAUGUGGCGCACUCGUCAGCGACAAGGAAAAUGUACUGA